AUGUCGUACAAGAGAAUAUCCAUCUUUCCUGAUGGUAACUCAUAUGCCUACUUUGACGAUUACUUGAAAAGAUUAGUUAUUGCCAAUAGUGAAGGUAUAGUCAAGUUGGUUAAUGUUGAUGACUUUGAUUCACAACCUGUAUCGAUUGAUUUCCUAUCGAAUUUGACAUCUGCUUCAUUCCAUAAAGAUACUUUGGCAAUCACUACAACUGAGGGUAAAUUGGAACUUAUAGAUUUGACCAAACACGAAUCCCGAGGAGUCAUUUUCCGAUCAGAAUUACCUUUACGUGAUCUUUCAUUUAUAAAUGAUGGGAAAAGGAUACUUUGUGGUGGUGAUGAUGACAAGUUGGUCAUCAUUGAUUUGGAGAAUGAUCAUCAAUACAAGACUAUCACAUUACCAGAUCAAUUGUUAAACAUAGCAUAUGACCAAACGGGAGAAUUAUGCAGUAUCAGCUUGUCCAAUGGCGCAGUACAAAUCUACUCCGUCUUUAAUGAAGAGUUAAACUUACUACACACAUUGGAAAAUGUUAUUGAUAAAAAAAUAAACUUGUCAACUGAUAAGCUUGAUUUCAACAAUGAACAUAAUGAUGAACUAUACACCACCAAGACUCAAUGGUCAAAUGAUGGACAGUUUUUAUUGAUCCCAACUAUAAACAAUAUAAUUCAAGUACAUCAAAGACUGGAUUGGUCCAAAGUAAAACAAUUCACCAGUGAUUCCAAAAUUGUUGACUACAACUUGAAUGGGAACAAAUUGGCAAUUUUAACUUUGAAUACUUAUAAAAUGGUUAAUUUCGAUUCGGCAAAUACAUUACACGAAGAUGAUUUUGAAUUAAACGAAGAUGCGUUGCCAUUAAAUAUUGAAUGGGAGAACAAAACUAGUUUUUUGAUUGGGAGUACUUAUGGAGAUAUACUAAGACUCAGAGAUGUUGUAAAAGAUGUGACCGGUGGUGGCACUGAAGGGGCAAGUUUGUUUUUGGAUGACUUGGAGGAAAGUGAUGAUGAAUUUGCCAAAAGCGAUGAUCAAACUGAGAUUAACAAAUUAUUGCAUCGAGAUGGGGAUACCAAUGAACGUGCCAACGGACUCACUAAUGGAAAUGCCAAUGGGAAGCGUUUGUUUGUCGAUGAUGAUGAUGAAGAGGAGGAAGAAGAAGAGGAAGACAAUUCUAUAUUGGACGAUGAUGACGGUUAUUCCAGACCUACACAUAAUGGAUUCAAAAAGCAUAAACCAACACCUUCACCAGCACCGCCGGUGAGGAGCUUCGCGACCGCUUCCAGCAAGAUCAUUCCUUACUCACCAGGAUCUACUCCAUUCGUCAAGAAGGGAGAAACUAUUGACAGACGAUACUUGACCAUGAAUAAUAUUGGGUAUGCUUGGAUUGUAAUCAAUAAAGAGCCAGGAGCAACAAAUAGCAUUACCGUGUCGUUUUUUGAUCGUUCAUUAAAUAGUGAAUACCAUUUCACUGAUUAUCAAAAGUUUGAUCUUGCAUCAAUGAAUCAAAAAAGUAUUAUAUUGGGUGAAAGUAGCAAAGGAACUAUCUUUUAUAAAUCACACAAUGACAUGGGCAAUGAUUUAUGGGAAAGGACUAUACCUUUAAUCAAGGGAAAAGAAUAUUUAACCAGUAUUUGCAUCACAAACUCCAAGGGAAGUAACACUAUUGUCGUGGGGACGAAUUUGGGAUACCUACGUUUCUUUGAUGAACAAGGAAUUUGUUUAAAUGUGAUGAAAACAAUACCAGUGGUUUCAUUAGCUGCGUCUUAUGGAGUUGUUUUAAUGAUUAAUCAAGUUACGGCCAAUGUUUACACAUACAGCAUUUUUGAUAUCUAUCAAGAUUACAAGAUUAUACAGCAAAACUAUCCAAUUCCAUUAAAAGAAGCUAAAAGUCAAUUGAUCAAGGGUAUCUUUUUUAACGAGUACAAUGAUCCUUGUAUUGUUGGAGGCCAUGAUGACACAUUACUUGUACUACAAUCAUGGAGAGAAACAGGUAAUGCCAAAUGGAUUCCUAUAUUGAACUUGCAUAAUGCGAUAACCGAAUACGAGUCGAAUGAAAACAAGUUGAAAUGGUCAUGUUGGCCAUUGGGUUUAAUUAACGAUUCACUCAAUUGUUUAAUCUUGAAAAAUGGAGGUUACCCAGGGUUCCCACUACCUUUACCGGUUGAAAUUGAUAUUGAAAUACCAAUUAAGCUAGGUCGCGUUGGUGGUGAUGGUGGCGAUAAAGAAGAAGAAAGUGUUGAAUGUGAAGAGCAGUUCCUUCGGUCAUUAACAAUGGGUAAGCUACUUAGUGAUACACUUUCCAAUUUUGAAGAAGAACGAGAUCAAAAUGAGAAUAUCGAUCAGGAUGCGAUCAUGACAAAAUUGGAACAGUAUAGCACCAUGUUUGAUAAAUCGUUAAUCAAAUUGUUUGCUGAAGCUUGUCAGCAACUGAAAUUGACCAAAGCUUAUAAUAUUGCCAAAUUGAUGAAGACUGAUAAAGCAUUAUUAGCUGCUAGUAAAAUCAGUGAACGAAUGGAAUUUUUAACAUUGGCUAAUAAGAUUGGGCAGUUGAGAGAGCAAUUAUUGGUUGAAUUAGAUGAUGAGUAG